AUGCCUUACCCGUUUCCGUGCUCCCCGCGUUACCCUCCCACACCCCUCUCUCCGCCUUUCCCGCUCCCCCGCAUUCUCGGUCUCAAUUGGAUGUCCAAGUUCUUUCUCCUUCAUGCCUUCCCCCUUUCCACGCUCCGUGCGUCAUGCCUUUAUUUCGUGCCUCUGUUUCUCUCCCCUCCCCGCAGUCUCGGUCUCAAUUGGAUGUCCAAGUUCUUUCUCCUCAUGACCUACUCGCUGCUGCUCAUGCCCGGCUUCCUGCAAGUCAUGUGGUACUAUUUCUUCUCCCCCAACGUCCGUCGGAGCAUAUCAUACGGCCGACUGCCGCGCAACAGCUUGGAUAUAUUCGUCCCCGCCAGCCCCUCCCCCCGCCCUCGCCCCGUCGUCAUCUUCAUAACCGGAGGCGCGUGGAUUAUAGGCUACAAGGCGUGGGGCACGUUAUUAGCACAGGCGUUAGAGGAGCGCGGCGUGAUUGUAGCGAGUAUAGACUACAGGAACUUCCCGCAGGCCACCGUUAGCGGCAUGCUCGACGACGUGACACGUGGCAUCGGCUGGGUGCUGCAAAAUAUCCACCGGUAUGGCGGGGACCCGAGUCGCGUGCACCUCGCGGGGCAGUCGGCCGGAGCGCACUUGUCGUCCGUGGCGAUUAUAAGACAGGCUCUUAUGCGCGCUUCGGAGGCACCGCCGUCGGAGCAGCAGCAUAAUCUGUCUCCUUUCGGUAGCAACUUGCAGCAGCCGCAACAACAGGAGCAGCAGCAGCACCAGCAGCAGCAGUUGGCGAUGGAAGGCGAAAGCUCGUGUUCAGGGGUAGUUGUUAGUGUAGCAGAAACAGGUGCAGGAAAGACGGUGAUUCGUUAUCCGUCUGUAUCCCUUGCUUCCUUCCCACCAGCUGCUGCUGCUUCCGCGAAGGUUCAUCCUGUCGACGCCUGGAGGAUCAACGCUGCUGCCGCUUCUGCCUCUGCCGCUGUCACUAUUUCUGACGUCCCCGUUACAAGUUUCUCCGAUUCUGCCGCCCUCCCCGUUCUGGCCACUUGCGCCGACUCUGGUCUUCCCGCGUCCCCUUUCCCCCUCCCCGCCGCUGCUGUCUUUCCACCCGUCGCUUCCGCCGGUUCCCCCGCCGACCCGCAAGCAGCGCCAGCCGCGGAAGGGCUGCGCGCGGAAAUAGAGGCGGCGGCGGAAGUGCUGCGCGCGGAGGGCCUGCGCGCGGAAGUUCUGCGCUCGGGGAACGCGCCGUUCCGCUCGCUGUCGAUGCGGCGGCUGCUGGCGCAUCUGGCGGGGAGUGGCGGAGCGGAGGGGAACGAGCCGGGGAGGGGCGUGCUCGACGUGUGGGGCAGCGAGCAGAUCAAAUCUUUCAUUGGCGUCUCGGGAUGCUACAACCUAAUCAACCUGGAACCGCAAUUCGAAUCCAGGGGAAUGAAUCCCUACCUCUUCCUCUCCAUAUUCGAGGGCGAGGAGUCUCUCCCCCUCUUCUCCCCCGAGCUCCUAGUCUCCCGCCCCACCUUCAAGGCGGCCGCCCCCCUGCUGCCCCCUGUGCACCUCUACCACGGGGUGGACGAUAUAUCUGUGCCCUUCACUGCCAGUGAGGACUUUGGAGCAGCGCUGCAAACAUCAGGGGUUGAGACGAGAGUGAAGCUGUACAGUGGCAAGGGGCACAUCGACCUCACUCUUCAGGAUCUGUUUCGGGGCGGCAGAGACGAACUGGUGGAAGAUGUUUUGGACAUAGUGCAUGGCGUGGAUAGGCACAGCCCCAGCCCCAGCCCCAUCCACAGCCACAGCCACCACUCAGAUUCUGCCACGUCAGCAAUGGAUGUUGCAGCAGAAGCUGCAUGUCCUUCAAGGCCUGCACCUAGUGCUUCCACUGGAGCCGUUUCUGCCUCUCAAGCCACCGUUGCUGCUGCAUCUCCUGCUACUAUGUCGCCUGGAUCGGGUGGUUACGCGACGGUUCAGGGAUCAACUCCUGCUGCUGUCAUUGUUCCUGGAGAAAUCGCUGCCCAGUGCCCAGCAGGGCUGUGCGUUGCUGGGGAGACAAAUGAGCCACGGAAGAAGCGGUCGGCUGCACCAGUCGAGAGGGGCUUAUGGUCGGACAAGGAGAGCACCAUAUUCGCCGCGGCGAAGUGGUUCAUGAAAGAGGAGCUCGAGUCUCUCAAGGGGAAGCAGGGGACGCAAUACUGGGUCCGACUACUCGCGCACAUCAAGGAGUCGAACCCUGGAUGGUGCAGGGGUGUCAACGUGUUGCAGAAGCAGUGGCGUAACUUGACGCUCCUCUGGCGGGAGUACAAGCGUGGCGACGGGGGGUCAGGCCACGGCUCGGUUGAGAAACCACCGUGGUAUCCGUACCUGGAGCUGCACAACCAGGACACCGCCGCAGCCGCACCGCAUGCGGUGGACGGCGGCUGCGCCACGGACGUCAACGUGCCGGCCGGCAUGGAGGUUCCAAGUUCGCGCGCACGGGUGCAUGAGACAGCUACCAUGCAAGCAGCCAUGCUGGUCUCCGCGACCAUCAAGGAUUGUCACGGUGACGCGAUGACGCGCAUUGAGAGCCUCGUCCGUGAAUGGAUGGCGCAGGACAUGCGACUUGCCCGCGAGCGCAUGACUGAAUCGGCGCCCCCGGACGUGCACCGUGCGCCGCCGGAUUUCAGCCCUCCUCCACCACGCGGGGAGUCCGCACCACCUCCCGAAGCCGCACAGCAUGGCGACGAUGUUGGCGACGUCAACACCGUCACUCCGGGUGCUGAGGAUGUGGAGAUAUGGGUGCGCGGCGCCGACGAUUAG